UGAAGGGAAAGGACAUCAAGAGUCAGAUCAUUGGCGGCCAGUGGCUGUUCUGAAGGCGUGGCUGGAGGGGGUAGUUUGUGAGAGAUUCCGCUUCUGAUUGGCUAGCAGUUCGCAGUGGCCCCAGAGAGCAUUAAAAAGCUUGGAAAUGUCCCUGGCACGGCUUGGAAAAGUGGUUCCCAAAUCAAGCAUCUUGUUCCUGUGUGACAUGCAAGAGAAAUUCCGCCCCAACAUCAGCUACUUUCCUCAGAUUGUAUCUGUGGCAGCUCGGAUGCUGAAGGUUGCAAAAGCUCUUGAAAUCUGCACUGUGGUCACUGAGCAAUACCCCAAAGGUUUGGGUCCAACAGUACCGGAGCUGGGAGCUGAAGAAUUGCCCAAAUACCCCAAAACAUGCUUCAGCAUGCUUAUCCCAGAGGUGGAAAAAGAGAUGGCAACUGUUCCCAACUUGAAAUCUAUACUUCUCUGUGGGAUCGAGACACAGGCUUGCAUUAUGAGUACUGCCUUGGAUGCCAUGGAGCGAGGCCUGGAUGUUCACAUCGUGGUGGAUGCUUGCUCUUCUCGCAGCCAGGUGGACAGGAUCAUAGCUCUGUCCAGACUACGUCAGAGCGGGGCCUUCCUAACCACCAGCGAGGGACUUAUCCUGCAGCUUGUCCGGGAUGCAGCCCACCCGCAUUUCCGAGAGAUUCAGAAAUUGAUUAUGGAUCCUGCCCCUGACAGUGGCCUUCUGCCCCUCAUAAAAGUGCCAGAUCCCCUUUUUGGUUAGCCCAGCUGCUUCAAGGGUGAUCUUCUUUUAAAGCACCUUCAGCCAUUUCAUCUGAUGUCCUUGUCCUUCUCAAUGGGAAGGAACGAAAUCCAAGAUUCUUCAAGUUGACUUUAAAGAGGAAGAUGAUGAAUUAUAAACCAAACUGAGAAGCUGCAUCAGACCUGUGAUCUUUCUAUAGUUAUGCAAUGAGAUGGUUGAAAGAAGGACUGGUAAUAUUUUGACCUGGUCUUUUUCGAUUAAGAAACAUCAAUACUCCCUCAUUAGCUCAUGAUGGAAUCUUGGCAAUGUGUACAAAUAUAUAUUUAAUUUGCACGUUUUAUUGUGACAGUUCUCUUGUGAGGAUGUAUAAAUAAUAUGUGGAAUUGUUUUA